AUGGCGUCUUCUCUUACCCUAGCAACACUCCUUCUGCUAACAGUUUCUCUAAUCUCACCGUCACAGUCGGCCACCUGUCAGUCACAGACGUUCACCAGCAACAGGCUUUACACUUUCUGCAACGAUCUCCCUUCCCUCAAUUCCUACCUUCACUGGGCCUACGACCAGGCCAACUCCACCCUCUCCGUCGCCUUCAUUGCCGCUCCGGCGAAACCCAACGGCUGGAUUUCAUGGGCCAUAAACCCAACGGCCGCCGGUAUGGUCGGGUCCCAGGCCCUGAUCGCAUUCAAGGACUCCAAGGGUGCAAUGACCGUUAAGACGUAUAAUAUGAGUUCAUACGGUCCUGUAACGGAAUCCAAGGUGUGGUACGAGGUAAGGGAGUCGUCGGCGGAAUUUUCAGAUGGGGUGAUGCGGCUUUUUGCUACUAUUGUGCUGCCGGAGAAGGGGAAAAGUACGGUGAACCAUGUGUGGCAGGUGGGCCCCUCUUUGACGGCGGGGGUUCCCGACAAGCAUGAAUUUCAGCCGGGGAAUUUGAACUCCAAAGGGAGCCUUGAUUUGUUGAAAGGACAGAGCACUGCUUCUAGCGGUAGUGGGGAUUCCAGGACCAAGAAAAAGAACAUUCAUGGGAUACUGAAUGUAGUGAGUUGGGGAAUUAUGUUUCCAAUAGGGAUCAUUAUCGCGAGGUACGUGAGGUCAUUUCCCUCGGCCGAUCCAGCUUGGUUUUAUCUUCACAUCUUCUGCCAAGUCUCGGCCUACGCCAUUGGUGUUGCUGGUUGGGGGACGGGACUUAAGCUCGGAAGUCAAUCCAAGGGUGUUCGCUAUACUGGCCAUCGCAACAUUGGGAUUGCACUCUUCUCUCUUGCUACCCUGCAGAUAUUUGCAUUGUUCUUGAGACCCAAAAAGGACCACAAGCUUCGAUUUUACUGGAAUAUCUACCAUCAUGGAGUUGGCUAUACUAUCCUUGUCCUUGGCAUCCUCAAUGUGUUCAAAGGUCUGAAUAUAUUAAAUCCAGAACCCAAGUGGAGGGAUGCGUAUAUUAUUCUGAUUGCUGUUUUAGGAGGCAUUGCUAUAUUGUUGGAAGUAAUCACUUGGAUAAUCGUUCUAAGGCGGAAGUCGAGGAAUUCAACGAAACCCUAUGACGGUUUCAAUAACGGUCAUGAUAGGCCAGACCCUCUGUCCCCAUGA